AAGUGGGAGCUACCGGAGUGAUGACUGUGGGAUUUUACAUUUAAUUCUAGAAGUAAGUGGGAGCUACCGGAGUUAAGACUGUGGGAUUUUACAUUUAAUUCUAGAACUAAGUGGGAGCUACUGGAGUUAAGACUGUGGGAUUUUACAUUUAAUUCUAGAACUAAGUGGGAACUACCGGAGUUAAGACUGUGGGAUUUUACAUUUAAUUCUAGAACUAAGUGGGAGCUACCGGAGUGAUGACUGUGGGAUUUUACAUUUAAUUCUAGAAGUAAGUGGGAGCUACCGGAGUUAAGACUGUGGGAUUUUACAUUUAAUUCUAGAAGUAAGUGGGAGCUACUGGAGUUAAGACUGUGGGAUUUUACAUUUAAUUCUAGAACUAAGUGGGAGCUACUGGAGUUAAGACUGUGGGAUUUUACAUUUAAUUCUAGAAGUAAACGGGAGCUACCGGAGUUAAGACUGUGGGAUUUUACAUUUAAUUCUAGAACUAAGUGGGAGCUACUGGAGUUAAGACUGUGGGAUUUUACAUUUAAUUCUAGAACUAAGUGGGAACUACCGGAGUUAAGACUGUGGGAUUUUACAUUUAAUUCUAGAACUAAGUGGGAGCUACCGGAGUUAAGACUGUGGGAUUUUACAUUUAAUUCUAGAACUAAGUGGGAGCUACUGGAGUUAAGACUGUGGGAUUUUACAUUUAAUUCUAGAACUAAGUGGGAGCUACCGGAGUUAAGACUGUGGGAUUUUACAUUUAAUUCUAGAAGUGGGAGCUACCGGAGUUAAGACUGUGACAUGGUCAGAGCUGUGCUUCAGGAAAAUCAAUUUGAAAUCUAACAAAAGGAAGGCCUUGGAUUAAAGGACCUCCAAAAUCCUCUCUAGUUUAUAUUUAAGAUUCUAUAAUCCCUCUGUUCUCCUCUCCCUAAAUCUUGUAAUUUUAUUACCUUCACCGAAAGCGCAGAGAAUUGAGAAAGCAAAGGGCUUAAAGGUAAGCUUCCCGGGUUGGGACCUUUGCCACAAGCAAGCGGAAAUCCAUCUAGAAAUGCACUAAGCCCCGCCCCUACCUACAGUCCCUCCCAGAGGCCUCGCCCCUGCUCCGCGGAUUGCCCGUCCCCCUAUCCUCCAACCCCUGCGCUCCGUUCGGCCUAAAUACGAACCAUAGAGGUGGAGCCCUCCGGAUUUCCUAGAAAAGCUCCGCUUGUGUCUCCGCCCCACUAGCGGCUCUUCCCCGCCCCGCCCCCUUCGUCUCAUUGACUGUAGUAGGUGGGCGGGGCGUGAGCACCCCAGGACCCACCCCCUCUCCUGCUUCUCCACCACGCCUCUCCUCACCCCAUGUGGUGUGACUGGGUGUAAGUACGGAAGAGAGCCUGCAGGCUGCAUCCCGGAGCUAGCGCCCCCUCUCCGUCCGCAGCUGGGCACCCUGAAUGGCCCGGGGGUAAGUGUCUGUUACCCUUGGAGCAGGGGGUCGGCCACGGCCAUUUAUCAGCCGGUGGGUGAGUCAGUCUAACCCGUUUGGGGUCCAAUCAGUGGGUCCCGCAGUCGUGGUCAGUGAGUGAGUCAAUGCGGUGUGCUGUCAUUUAUCCUAUCAGUCGGUAAAUCAUUCACUGAGUCGAUCAAUUCCCUCUAUCGGAGGGUGGUUUGCCCAGUCAGACGUUAGCGCGUUUGGUCAGUGGAUUGAUUGCUCACUCGGGUCAGUGGGAUCAGUCAGCAGUCUUUUUUCUUUCGGUCAGCCCCAGUAGGUCAGUCACCUUCUCAGCCUGUCGGUUGGACGGAGGAGUGGUCGGGCAGACCUUCAGUGAAGAAGUCACUCUUAGGGAGUUACACAGUGCCCUCCCUCCCCAACCAGUCAGCAGUCAAUAGAUUCACUUUAAUUGCUUCAGUACACAGACAUGGACCUCCAAAAAUCACCUCAGGAAACAGUACUUAUUACAGGAGGAGGUGGCUACUUUGGUUUCCGUUUGGGUUAUACACUAUGCAAGAAGGGUAUCACUGUGAUUCUGUUUGAUAUCAACAUUCCUAUUCAAGAUAUUCCCAAGGGGAUGAAGUUGAUAUGUGGAGAUAUUCGCAGCAUCACCGAUUUAGAGAAAGCUUUGCAAAAUGUUACUUGUGUUUUCCAUAUUGCUUCCUUUGGCAUGUCAGGAAAGGAGCAACUGAAUCAUAAGCGUAUUGAAGAUGUCAAUGUAAAAGGCACAGAAAAUGUACUCGAGGCUUGCAGAAGGAAAGGAGUGUCAAGAUUGAUAUAUACUAGUACUUAUAAUGUGGUGUUUGGAGGCCAAGUUAUAGUGAAUGGGGAUGAAUCUCUGCCCUACCUACCUCUUCAUCUUCAUCCUGAUCACUACUCUCGCACCAAAUCUGUUGCAGACAAAAAAGUACUGGAGGCAAAUGGAACAACCUUGGACAGGGGAACUGGUGUUUUGAGAACCUGUGUUUUGAGAUCAGCUGGUAUCUAUGGGCCUGGAGAACAGAGGCAUCUUCCCAGGAUAGUGAAAUAUAUAGAAAAGGGGCUCUUCAAAUUUGUGUAUGGAGAUCCCAAAAGCUUGGUAGAUUUUGUCCAUGUGGAUAAUUUGGUACAAGCCCAUAUUCUGGCCUCAGAAGCUUUAAAAGCUGACAAGAAACACAUUGCCUCUGGGCAGGCGUAUUUUAUCUCUGAUGGAAGACCAGUGAAUAAUUUUGAAUUCUUCAGGCCUUUAGUUGAAGGAUUGGGUUAUCCAUUCCCUACCAUACGACUACCAUUAAAACUCAUUUAUUUCAUUGCUUUCAUGACAGAGAUGGUGUACUUCCUCUUGGGCAGGUUUUAUAAUUUUCAGCCUUUCCUCACCAGAGCAGAAGUCUAUAAAACUGGGGUCACACAUUAUUUCAGCAUGGAGAAGGCUAGAACGGAACUGGCUUAUGAACCACAGCCAUUUGACCUCAAGGAAGUAGUAGACUGGUUUAAAGCUGAGGGUCAUGGUAGAAAAUUCCAAAACUAUACCUUAAAGCAUCUUAUUUGGAAUGGCAUGUUGGUUUUCCUCCUAGCUAUUGCAAUUCUCACAUGGUUUUCCAAUGAUCAAGGUGGUAUCAGUUUGAAAGAUUUAUUUUGAAAAUUGUUUUGUGGAGAACAAAAAACUUCCAGAGAUAGUACAAUACUGUUAUUCCACAAGAAGACUCUAGAACGUACAUCCUUUUUAAACAGUUGCCUAAAUUUUUGACUCCAAAACCUGCUAAAGAACAGUCUUUUAUAGAUUAGAUUCUAUCUAACCUUCAAUUAUUCCUCUUAACUCAGAAUAAUGUCUGAUGGGAGAAAGAAAUGAAAGACAAGUUUGAAAUUUUGUUUUAUUUUAUUUUCAUUACUUCUUUUGAAGUUAUGGCUAGGGGAAAUGUAGUUAUUUCAAAAUUUGUGUGUGGGAGCAGCUUUUUCAUGAGUUUCUCCCAAAGCAAUUGUGCAUUUUCUCUCAUGGCAUAUUUCAGAGCCAAAAUAACAUAUUUUAUUUAACAUGAACUAGAAACAUGAACAGGCAUCAUAUUAGGUCUGCUGUGAUUAAAUACUUAUAAAAAGGAUUUUUAAAAAAUAUAUUAAUAACUUUACAGUCAGAUUUCAUGGUGGACACUCUUCUGAAGAGGAGGUAAACACUGAGAGAAUAGUAGAAUUGGAAGAAAUUUUAGAUGCUAUCUGGUAUAACCUCAUCUAUCCAGUUCAGUGCUACUCUCUGCAUUACCCCUACCAAUGUUGACAUGUUGGGCUUAAAUAGAUCUUUUGAUAAUAAAUUCCAUAUCUAAUUCCAUACUUGAACAUCUCUAAUUGUUAAAAAAAAAAUUGCUAAAUCCAACAAAAAUCUGUUUCUCUAAUUUCUACAGGUUGAUCUUCUGAGGCCUCAAAUUCUUGUUAUCUAAUAGCUUUAAUAGCUUUUAUCUAAUAUAUUUAUAUUAGAUAUGUUUAUAAUAAUAUUUAAUAGGUUUUAUCUAAUAGCUUCUAAUAUAUCUCUCAGGGUCAACUUUUUUAAAUUUAAUAGACUUUUUUCCCCUACCAGUCUAUAAACCCCUUGAGAUUAGAAACGUUUGUGCCUUACUUAUCUUUAUGUUUUUCAUAGUGCCUUAUACUUAAUAGGCAGUAGUUGUUUAUUAAGUGAAAUUAAGAGUCUGUAGGAUAAUUUUUUAAUCUGUUCAAAGGUCUUCCAUCUUUGUCUUUUGAGACAGUUAGACUUGAUUUUUGGAAAACAGCCAAGAUUCAUUUCAAACCAAAGUUCAUAAAGAUGAUAGAAGAUUAAAGUGUGAAUUUUUCUUUUUGACCAAAACUACACAAAAGGUGACUAAUUUUAUUAUAUGGUUAUAAACUAGUUCUAGAGACAAGCACCAAAAGAGGAAAACAAACACAUUUUAAGCACUGGAAUCAUUGCUGGAAUGGGUAUAGCCUCCCAUAGAUUCAUUAUGUAAAUGUGUCCGUUCUGAUCUGUUAAUUAAAAAGAAGUCGCAUUACUUUAUAACCCCACCUCCUAUAGAUUUUUAGUUUUUAAAAGUAGCACUCAAUUUAUUUCCUUUUAGUUAUUUCACCUAUAAUAUAGCAGUUCCUAGCACAUGAAUAGUGAUAUCAUAGAGAUAAUCUUGUUGUCUGAACAGUUGUUUUAGCCAUAGAUAUCACUAAGAGAAAGAUUACAUGUUUUUCCACUCAGUUUAACUUUUUAAAAAAUCAGAAAUACAACUUUUUUAUUCAAAUGUUAAGACAAAAAAAAAAUUUGUCUCAAAGUACAUUUUCAAAGAAAUACUUAUCUUGAAGCUGGAAAACUGUAGAGGGCUGGAACUUUGGAAAAGUAUACUUGAAACAAGGAUACUUAAAACAAGGUGUUAACUCAGUGGAAUUGAUGAAAUAAUGGUUCUUUAGUAUACAUAUACUUAGUACUCAGAUGGUGAUAUAAUGAUUCUCUAGUUCACACAUAAUCAGUAUGUUGUAAUGGUGUAAUUACAAUAAGGUACAUAAGGGCUAAGAAGGACUGGAAGAGAGACAUUCCAUUUUUGACCAUCCUGGUGGCUCUCCUGCCUUCAUCACUUCUCCACCUAAAGACCAAGGCCUAUCUGAAGGACCUCCAGAAAGCUAGCAUGAGUUUAUGUCCAAGUUUUGACUUACUUCCUCUAUCUCUAUCUUAGUUUUCUCAUCAGUAAAAUGGGACUAGAUCAGUAAUUCUCAAAAUGUGGUCUAGGGAUCAUGUUUCCUGAAUCCCUUUCAGAGAUCAUAAAGGCCAAAUAUAUUUUCAUAUUAAUACUAAGAUGUUUUAAUUUCUAACUUGGUAAACAUUGAUAGAUAAAACCCACAUAAAGAAAAGUUCUUUGGGGUUUAAGUGUAUAAAGGGAUCCUGAGAUUAAAAAAUUUGAAAACC